AAUGACCUUGACAACAAAACAGAGAACAUGGAGUAAAAAUGUUUAUUUGUUUUUGACACAGCUAAUCAACAGAAUGGUUUACUGAAAAUGGAUUUAAUUUGUACGAAAACUUGUUGGUUAAGUGGAGUGAAGUUUGAUUAACUUCCGGAAUGUCACCUUUAAUUUUUGUUACGUUUAUGGUUUUGUGGUUCAAAGUGGGGGAUAUGAAUGAACAGAAUUAUACAGAGCUGGGGCAGAGCGUGAUCGAUCAAUGUCAAGCCAGGUGUCAUCUCAAGAAUAUCAAAGAAACUGGAGAUUACAACUGUAAUUCAAUGAAUUGUAAACAGUGUCUAAAACCAUGCUUCUUCACAGAAAAGGAAAAAGAGCGUUGUCAAAUGGAAUGUGUAAGUAAUAAGGACCACAUUCCGGAUUCUAAAAAAAAUGAACAUAGAGACUGUAUUUUAAUCUGCCUCUUCAUGGAAACUGCAUCAGAUAAUAAAAGUUUUCCUAAACCAGGUACGCUGAAACAUGUUGCUUUGCAGACAUGUCGAGUUAAUAUUCCUGCUUAUGGAAACCAAUCUGGAACGUUUAACAUCUCUCUCAGAUGGUCUUUAGAAAAUGCCAGUGGAGAUUUUAUAGAAUACACAGUUUGGAAAAAAGUAAAGCAGCAAGAGGAAGAAUAUUGGCAGCUUAUUUCUGUUACAAAUGCAACAUCAUGGAAAAUCGAAGAUCUUAACCCUGAUUUGCUUUACAAAUUUAAAGUUAUUCCAGUGUUUCAUGAUGGCAUUAACAUGAUACAAUCUACUGAAACCGAAUGGAUCCAAUCAUUCAAAGCAGAUACCAAUUUACAGAGCCCACUCUCACUCUCUGUAUCGAAUGAAUCUGUGGACGAGAAAUCGGUCAAAGUAAAGUUGUCCUGGGAACCACCCCCUGAUAAUCCUUGCUUCUUCAAGCUAUUUUGGAUGUCUGCAAACUGUGAAUCCUAUAAAAGUCGUACCAUCGACAUGUCAUCAUUAUCUAGACCAAGUUUAUGGUUGUCGAAUUUGGGCUUUGGAUGUGAUUAUAAGUUUGAUAUCCAGAGUUCUGUAGAUCCCAUUUUCAGCAGAGUCAGCAAUUUUACUGUGACGUCAUACCGCACGAUUGACUGUUUGCCAGCGACGUCAUUUAACUAUUCUCUCUGUGCCCCAGAACAGCCAUCAGAAAUCACAAUAAAAACUGUGAAAACGUAUGUAGAUGAGGUCAAUAAAAUGACAGCCGGGGACAUUGUACUAUCUUGGAGUCCUCCCCCGCACGCCAGCGAGGAUAACAACAUCUCCGUGUACAGAAUAGACUUCAGUAAAGUAGCCCGCCUCCACAGACUUCAGUACCUCGUACCCCACAGUAAUGUCACGCAUGUGUUAGGGAAUCAAACUUGGGUUGUAAUAAGGAAACUCCACUGGUUUAACGACUAUCGGUUUACUAUUGUUGGAAUAUCUGAAGGCGGAGAGAGUAAAGAAUGUUCAAAGACCUUUAAACUUGGUGAAUUUGCAAAAUUGACGGCCAAGAAAGAAGACACGGAGCAAGAGGAGAAGAACGAGUCUGUGAUAGCUGUGGUGGUGGUGGUUGUGGGAGUCCUGCUGGCCUUUAUACUUGUCUGUAUUAUCAAAAGGAAAAGGUCCAGAGAGGAACAGGAAACGGAAAGGAAAACCAGCGACGAGGCCUACAAUCCUCUAUACGUGGCCACAUCGCAGUCCUCCUGUGAAGAUCCCCUCCUGUCAGAUCACAUGGAGAUAUGCUUCGAAAACCUCCAUCUUUUGGAAAUCAUUGGUGAGGGAGCGUUUGGUAAGGUCCAUAAAGGGGAAUAUAUACAGGAGGACGGAAAAAGAUGCACCGUGGCUGUGAAAAUGCUGAAAGAGUUUGCAGAUAAAACAGAAGAGAAGAGCCUAAUGACGGAGAUUGAAGCCAUGAAACAGCUGGGAAACCAUCCUAACAUAGUGGGGAUGCUGGGCUUCUGUACAAAGCCGUCCUCCCUCUGUCUGUUGAUGGACUUCUGUCCCCUGGGUGAUCUACGACAAUAUCUCCUUAACUGCAGGCAUCAGAUGAUGAAAAUGGGUCAAACAAUGAGAAGGAGAUCAGACAGUGGUAUCAGCCCGGGCUGUGAUAGAUCAAAAAGCGCCGAUUUUUUUUCUGCUGAUCCUGGAGGAUUGGAGGUGCUUUCUUCAAAUUCUGAAAGUAACGUAUCAACAGAAUCGGAAUGCUGUAUUCAAGAGGCGACACUUCUGUCCUAUGCUCGGCAGAUCGCCAUAGGGAUGGAAUACCUAUCCCAGAAGAAGUUUAUCCACAGAGAUUUAGCUGCCAGAAACAUUCUAAUGGUGGACAACCGUAGACUGAAAAUCUCGGAUUUCGGACUGACACGUGACAUAUAUGAAACUAACAUGUAUCAGCCUACUUCAUCCCGUAAACUCCCCUACAAAUGGAUGGCCAUUGAAUCCAUUUUCGAUCAAGUCUUUACAAUAAAAUCCGACAUCUGGUCGUUUGGGAUCGUUUUGUGGGAAAUCGUAACACUGGGUGGUAGUCCGUAUCCGGGAAUUCCCAAUGAAGAUUUAUUCCGCCUUCUAAAAGAUGGUUACCGCAUGGACAGGCCAGAAAAUUGUUCCACUGACAUAUACCAAAUGAUGCUGUCAGCAUGGCAUCCAAAUCCUGACUGCCGCCCGACUUUUACCAACCUCCGCACAAAGCUAGAGUCGAUGUUAGAGGCAACACAGUCUUAUAUUAACCUCUCUGUCAGUGUAUCACAGGAUUACUAUACAAACGAGAGUUCCUCAAGGGACACAUCGCCGCUUUCCUUGCCAGACAGUGUUUCGGACAGCACUGGAAGUAGAUCUUCAUCAUAUUUUGCCAUGAAUGUACAAGGGGAGACAAAUGCUUCGCCAGUUGUUCCAAAUACUUAUCUCUCCCUCCCACAAAACUCAACGAUACCCGUGAGUUCUAACGAAUUGAAACGUGAAUGUGUUCACGGAUCAGAAUUGACAUCUUGUUACAAUACGGAACAAUGUGAAAUGUGCAGAAGUUUACCAUGUGCCUUGUGUAAGAAUGAAUCCAAAUUUAAACAGGAAAAUACUCAGUCCGGAUAUCCAGUCAAUGAAGUCACAAAAUCCUCAUCCAUUAAUAAAAUAAGGAUUUUUCCACAUGGAAGUAAAGUUGUCUAUUCUGACAAAAUUACAGUUGGAGAAAAACAAAAUUUUGACACGUGUUCAAAUUCAAUUUCUAUCCAUAAUAAAUCUUGAAUU